AUGAGAAAAUGCAAUGCAACAAAACAAUCUGUCAAGAAGAUUUUUCAAGCACAAUAUAAAUUGCAGAUUUACUAUGCUGUGAAGGCAUCCUCACCUCAGACCCUCAUCCCUCAACCCUCCAGGACCCACGUCCCUCAACCCUCCAGGACCCACGUCCCUCAACCUUCCAGGUCCCACAAUCCUCCAGGUCCCACGUCCCUCAACCCUCCAGGUCCCACGUCCCUCAACCCUCCAGGUCCCACGUCCCUCAACCCUCCAGGUCCCACGUCCCUCAACCCUCCAGGUCCCACGUCCCUCAACCCUCCAGGUCACACGUCCCUCAACCCUCCAGGUCACACGUCCCUCAACCCUCCAGGUCACACGUCCCUCAACCCUCCAGGUCACACGUCCCUCAACCCUCCAGGUCACACGUCCCUCAACCCUCCAGGUCCCACGUCCCUCAACCCUCCAGGUCCCACGUCCCUCAACCCUCCAGGUCCCACGUCCCUCAACCCUCCAGGUCCCACGUCCCUCAACCCUCCAGGUCCCACGUCCCUCAACCCUCCAGGUCCCACGUCCCUCAACCCUCCAGGUCCCACGUCCCUCAACCCUCCAGGUCCCACGUCCCUCAACCCUCCAGGUCCCACGUCCCCCAACCCUCCAGGUCCCACGUCCCCCAACCCUCCAGGUCCCACGUCCCCCAACCCUCCAGGACCCUCAACCCUCCAGGACCCACAACCCUCCAGAUCCCACGUCCCUCCAGAUCCCUCGUCUCUCCAGAUCCCUCGUCUCUCCAGAUCCCUCGUCUCUCCAGAUCCCUCGUCUCUCCAGAUCCCUCGUCUCUCCAGAUCCCUCGUCUCUCCAGAUCCCUCGUCUCUCCAGAUCCCUCGUCUCUCCAGAUCCCUCGUCUCUCCAGAUCCCUCGUCCCUCCAGAUCCCUCGUCCCUCCAGAUCCCUCGUCCCUCAACCCUCCAGAUCCCUCGUCCCUCCAGAUCCCUCAACCCUCCAGAUCCCUCGUCCCUCAACCCUCCAGAUCCCACGUCCCUCCAGAACCCUCAACCCUCCAGAUCCCUCGUCGCUCAACCCUCCAGAUCCCUCGUCGCUCAAUCCUCCAGAUCCCUCGUCGCUCAACCCUCCAGAUCCCUCGUCGCUCAACCCUCCAGAUCCCUCGUCGCUCAACCCUCCAGAUCCCUCGUCGCUCAACCCUCCAGAUCCCUCGUCGCUCAACCCUCCAGAUCCCUCGUCGCUCAACCCUCCAGAUCCCUCGUCGCUCAACCCUCCAGAUCCCUCGUCGCUCAACCCUCCAGAUCCCUCGUCGCUCAACCCUCCAGAUCCCUCGUCGCUCAACCCUCCAGAUCCCUCGUCGCUCAACCCUCCAGAUCCCUCGUCGCUCAACCCUCCAGAUCCCUCGUCGCUCAACCCUCCAGAUCCCUCGUCGCUCAACCCUCCAGAUCCCUCGUCGCUCAACCCUCCAGAUCCCUCUUCACUCAACCCUCCAGAUCCCUCUUCACUCAACCCUCCAGAUCCCUCACCCUUCACUCCCCAAUCACUUACCCUUUCCCCUCAGAUCCCCAUCACUGACCCCCCAAAUCAAUAA